CGUGUGGCAAGCAAGCAAACUAACUGGAGGUGUGCACAACCUUCAGUGAGACUAGCAUACCCCAGGAAGAGGAAGAAGGUAGGAAGCAUCUUGCCUUCCUGACACGGGAAACUUCCCAGAGACCACAGGCCUCCUCCCACUUUCUGAGAUCGCCUUUUCUAUGGUGAGGACCACUGGCUCCCAGCAUACGUUCUCCACGGAACCUGACGCCGGAUGUUGAAGACAAGUGCGCUGAGACGAGGCGCAAACACGUCACAACUUAGUUCUGCGGUCCGGGCUGUUCUGCAACAGCCAGGAGCAUACAACGGAAGAUGGACACUCCAUCCACGAGCGUCUGAAGAGAGAACUGCUCCAGGUACAAGAGGGCCACCCGAAGUCACAGAGUCUUGGAAAAUUCCCACCCGGUGCAACCGCAACGCGCAGGCGCAACAGAACGCCGCCUGCGCAGGCGCACGGCGGCCGAGGACGGGCCCGGGCGCGCGCCAUGGAACAGCGGUUAGCUGAGUUCCGGGAGGCCCGCAAACGGGCCGGGCUGGUGGGCCAGCCCUCCACGUCGAGGCUGGGCGAGCAGAUCUCAGAUGCGAAGGCGGAGUCAGAGGCGGCGACCCCAAAGCCACCUCCAGGCUGGCUGAGACGCUUCCUGAAGAGGAAAGCAAGCCCGGCCCUUGUGCGGGCCAACCAGGCUCAGGAAGCAGGCCAGCAGCCCCCUCAGAGCACAGCGGUUCCUCUGCCUUCUUCCUGCUGCCAGUCUUUCCUGACCAACAUCACCUUCUUGAAGGUUCUCCUCUGGUUGGUCCUGUUGGGUCUGUUUGUGGAACUGGAAUUUGGCCUGGCUUAUUUUGUCCUGUCCAUGUUCUAUUGGAUGUAUGUAGGGACCCGGGGUCCCGAGGAGAAGAAAGAAGGGGAGAAGAGCGCCUACUCUGUGUUCAACCCUGGCUGUGAAGCCAUCCAGGGCACCCUGACUGCAGAGCAGCUGGAGCGUGAGUUACAGCUCAGGCCCCCGGAGGGAGGUAGGACCAUUCCUAGCUGGUCCUCCUAGUCUUGAGCAUGGACUCUACAGGACAAAGGACAGCUUGCAGGAUUGCCACAUUCUCCAUUUUCCCCCUGAUAUGCUGCAGUUUCAUCUUCGAACUUCUCUUUGAUUUGGGCGAAAUUUUCUAAAGGGCUCUCAGUGGGGCUGGUGCAGUUUAUAAAGUCAUAUAAGAAGGAGGCUGGUGUGUCUCAUUAUUGGAGAAUGGUGAUAGUGGCACACUAAAGAUGCAUUGUGAGGUUCUCUGGUUUACCCAGUGUUUGGUGGAUAAGUAGGCACAUCAGGGCUCUGUGUUACACAUGAAUACUCUUUUAAAAUAGUUUAAUAUUUACAUAACUAAGUUCCAGGCCAGCCAGGGAGACUGGUCUCUCUUUCUCUUUAAAUGUUUUAAGUGUUUUGCCCAAAUGUAUACAGAUGUACCAUGCGUGUUCCCAGUACCCUCAGAAGUCAGAAGAGAGCAUCAGAUCCUCUGUUAUGAGUUAUGGUGGUUGUGACCCACCAUGUGGAUGCUGGGUUCUGAAACCUCAGUCCUCUGCAAGAGCAACAAGUGCUCUUAAUCAUUGAGUCAUCUCUCGAGCUUUUCAAAAAAUGUACAGAAUUAUUUUUCCAAAAGGUUCAAGUUGCAGGUUUUAGGAAGUUUUGUUUUUGUCUUGCUGCUUCUUUUUGUUCAUCAAUGCUAUUGAAAUAUAAAAUGUCUUUAAGAUACUUUCUUUCCAUAAACAGGUCCUUACACACUA